AUGGAACGGCGAAACGGCGAUUCGCAGGCCUAUGGUAUGCAUAAAUGGGUUUUGAAUAAGCUGAAAUUUGCAUAUAAGGCAGAAUAUAAUGCUAGCUACUUACUAGACAAGAACACAGAUGAAAGAAAGGAAGCUGUAGACAAUUUUCUGUGUAAUGAAAAAAAUGAUAUUCUACUGUUUGGAAUAGAAAAUGAUAAAAUGGUGGUAGCAAAGGAGGAAAAUAUAAAAUUUGAUCAGAAAAUUGUUUAUUUUUAUAAACACGUAAAUAGUGAUAUGAAAGAUGAAAAGAAUAUAUUAUAUGGUAUUUUGUCUGCAAAUAUUUUAGAUACGUUAAAAAUUAUGCUGAGAAAUGUUAUUUAUCCUUUGUUUUUAAAUAAUAAAAUGAUGCGUGAAAAUAUUUCCACGGACGAAAUUAAAAAAUUUAGUGUAGAAUUUGACACAUAUGUAAAAGAGCUGAAUGAAUUUAUUCUGAUUUUAGAAGAUAUUAAAAAAGUGAAAUUAAAAAUGAAGCAAGAUCAAUGUGAAAUGAUUUGCGAAAAGGGCAUUAACGAUAAAAAUGAAGCAAGUGAACAAACGGACACGUCACUUUCUCUUUCUCUUUCUCUACAGCAACAGAGUAAAACAGGGAACGGACCUGAAAAUAAAAUGCAAAAGAAAAAAAACGAGACUGCUCAUUUGACGAAAUAUUUAAACAUUUUAGAAAAUUUAUUUAACGACAUGAAUAAAAAAAUACAAGAAUAUACAAAAUCAAAUGUGGAUGUCGGGCCAUUUAUUGAAAUACAGUACUGGAGAUACAAACACAGGUAUUUAUUAUUUAUCAUUGAAGAAUUGAGAAGCAAUGAAAUUAAAAACAUAAUAGAUAAUAUAAAUAUAAAUAAUGCAAAUAAUGAAGAACAGAAGUAUACUUACACAUUUGAUAUAUUAAAUAAGUGGAGAGAGUUAGAAACGAAAAUUGAAAAUGAAUUUAAUGAAAGUAAGGACAAUAUUAAAUACCUUGAAAGCAUUGAGCAAUUCAUUCUAUCCCUUUAUUUAUGUAAUGUAGAAAAUAUAAUUGAUAACAUACCUUCUCUUUUGAACUCUAUCAAGAUGAUAUACCUUGUUGCUCGUUUUUACAAUACCCCCAGCAAGUUGAACAAUUUGUUUAUUAAAAUUACAAACCAGCUUGUUAUCAAAUGUAAGGAAGAAAUAUUUUGUGCAAAAAGAAAAAAAAAGCGAAAGAGGAGACGCACAAAUAGUAGAAGAGAUAAGAAAAGGAGUAUAAUCGGAAGUGAAUAUGGAGACACAAAAUCUGAAAAAAAUAUGGAAAAUUUUGUUGGCGAUAUUAACAACAAUGAUGGUCACACAAAUGAUUCCAGUUGGGGUCACAACAAUGAUGAAAAUUACAUGAAAUGUGAAGGUAAAAGAAGAGGUGGGAGUUCAAAUUUUAACAAUAAUUCAGACAAUGAAAAUGAACAGGAAGAAGAAGAUUACGAAAAAUUACAUAAAAAUGAAGAAAAGGAAAACGGAUAUAUGGAUGAUGGGAAUGAGAAUGGAGAAAAUGGUUUAAGAUCGUGGGAUGACCAAAGUAACGUAUCUGAUGAGGACCGUGAAAAUGAAGACAUGGAAGAAAAUAUGGAUAAGAAACUAAAUGAAAGAGAUGAAGGGUAUUAUUCCCAUAUGAAAGAUAAUGAGCAUAUGAAAAUAGAACAUCUGACAUGUAGACAAAACUUAUGGUUAUUAGAUCCAGAUGAUUUAAUAGAUAAAUUUGAACUAUGUUUUAAAUUAUAUGAAAAAUAUAAAGAAGAAUUUGAAAACAUAAAAACAUUUUUAGAAAAUAAUUCAAAAAAUAAAUCUGUUGAUUUGAACACGAAAGUUAUAUUUUGUAAGAUAGAAAUAUUUUGUAGGCGCUUGAAAAAGUUGGUAGAUUUAUUUCUAUGCAUAAAACAGUUUAAAUCCUUAAGAAGGAUAAAAUUUGAUUGUGUGAAAAACAUAACUGCUUCGUUUAAUAAAUACAUAAAAGAGUUUAAAAUGAAGCACACAGAAGAUAUGCUAAAUUAUACAGACAAUUAUUUUGAUAGAGAUUUCGUAGAAUUACGUGUUUACAUAUCUGAGCUAGAAAGUGAUUUGCAAGAGAGCAUUGUUAACUUGUUAAAUAAUAGUUCUAACAUUAUGCUUUCUUUUUUUAUCUUUUUUAAAUUCAAAGAACAUUUUAUAAGAGAUUAUUUGAUUGAAUUUUUGCGCACAAAAUAUGAUAUUUUAAUCUCCCAGUUUUUAGAAAUUUUAAAUACUAUAAAUAACGAUUUGGAAAAUUCUAAAACCAGCUUAAAUUCCAACAAAAGUAUAAAUUAUUUGAAAAAUAUUUUUUGGAUUCUUAGUAUUAAGUAUAAAAUAAAUUAUAUCAUUAAAGUAUUCCUAGAUGAAAAUAAUUCAACUUUAUCUGACAAAAAUAAGGUGUCUUCAUAUUUUGAAUUGCCUCACUUGAAUAAUAACUUGUCUACCAUGAAAAUAAAAACAAAUUAUGAACAGAGAAAAGAAAUUAAUAAUGCUAAUGGUACUAUUACUACAACUAAGCUGCUUGAUGAGAGUGAAGAGAACGUAGAUAAUUCCAAUGUAGAUCUGUUUUACAGCAUAAAUGAUCAAGUUUUGAAAUUGAUGGAAGAUCAUGAAAGGAAAAAAAUUACGGAGGAGGGAAAAAAGGAUAGUUCUCUAUCUAAUGAAAUGAUUGACAUAGAAAAUGCAAAGAGAGAAGAGAAAUAUAAUCAAGGUGAUGGAGAAGUAAAAGUAGAUGCAGAUGAAGUAGAAAAGGGAUCCAUAAGGAGCUUAUUAACCACUGCAUGUGCCGAAAGGAAAGAGAUAAAUAUAAAAAACAUUUUGUUUAAAAAUUCUAACGGGAAGGAAGUUUUAAAGUUGUACUUAAAAAUUUCCAAAUUUAUAGAAGAGUAUAAGAACAAGUUAUUUAAACAUUGGUUAUGUUUCAUAAAAAGUGUGAACAGUUUGAAUGUCACAGUAUUUGUAAAGCAUCCUAAGACUAAGAAUGUGAUAGUGAACUUUGAUAAUAGAAUUAAAAGAAUAAUAAGAGAAGCAAAGAUGUUUUUGUCUUUUAAAUUUGAAAUACCAGAAGAAGUAAAAAAUAUGAUAACACAGGAAUCGAAAAUAUACAGCUUUUACUAUAAGCUUUAUAAUAUCCUAAUACUGAUAAAAAGAAUGAAAAAUAAUAAAAAAAAAGACAUUGAAAUUACUCUGAAAAGAUUUUUUGUAUACAUAGAUCAACUAUUAUUACCUUUUCUUGUUAAAUACACAUGGAGCAAUUACGCACUAGAAGAUUCUAUAGAUAACUUGCAAAAAGAAGUAACAGAAUUUGAAGAAACAAUAAAUUCUUUGUACGAUAUUAUAGAUGAUCACAUUAAUUAUAAUACUAAAGUGAUAUACAGAAUUUUACAAGAUAAAAAUGAAAAGCUCUUGAUAAAUAAGCAGAAAAAAAAAUUUCACAACAAAAUUGUACUUUGCAAUUCUAUAUCUAAAAAAAUCCAAAUAGCCAUUUUCGACCUGUUAUGUAAUAUACAAUAUGUGUACGAAAAUAAAUUAAAGAGCAAAAUUACCAAGGAGGAAAUAUUGAGUACAACAAACUUUUAUUAUGAUAUCUUUUUAUCAACAUUGAAAAAAAUAUAUCUAAAGAAUAUUAAGACUCUUAUUAAUACUUGGUCAAUUGGGGAAUGUGACAGCACACACAAUGAAAUCAAGAAAAAAAAUGAAAUAGAAAUUCUGCUACUAGUUCAUGAACAUGAUAUUGUGAUUAACCCAUCUAUAAGUAGUAUAAAGGAAAAUAUUAAAAAGAUCAUAAACGUUUCGAUUAACAAUUUAAUUUAUAUAGAUAAUUGGAUAACUGUUGAUGAUUUAGUGAAACAAUUUUUUUUUAAGGAUAAAGGGGAAGAACAAAAAUUUAGUUCCAUGUCGACGAAGGAGAAUGAUAUUAGACAAUGUGGUAAGUUAUAUAUAAAAAAAAAUCACAAAAUAGAGAAAUCAGAAAACACAAAGAGCAUUUUCGAAGAUCUGUUAGAUCACUCCUAUUUUAAUAAAAAGAAUACAAAGGAGUCUUCCAAAUAUGUCAUGGAAGAUCUACACAUGGAAGAUGAAAAUUGUGUAGCUAACUUAAAGCAUAAAUUUGAUUUUUAUGAGAAAAUUAAGGAAGACAAAAAUAUCGAAAAAGAAUUGGUAAAAUUGAAUGAUAAACUAAGUAUUCUUCAGGGAGUGGUCGACGAAUUUAUUAGUAAAUUUGAAAAGUAUAAAUAUAUAAUUCAAAAUUUCGAAUCAGAAAGAUUGAAGGAUGUAGUGAAAGAGACAGCGAGUCGGUUAGAGGAAGAGGGAAAAAACAGCAAUAGUGAAGGUAAAGGAAUAGCACCAAAGAAUGGAGCUAGCCAUGUUGAAGAUGUCGAAAAUUACACAAACUGCAAGGUGGAAAAUAAAAAAGAAAAUAAUUUAUUGCAGUUUGCUCAAAAUAGUGGAGAAGUUGAAAAAACAAAGACGAAUAAUCGUUUGGGAGGUAAAAUAGACAAUGUAGAUGAUGACACAGAGGAAAGUUGGUUUAGUGAUGACUCUGAUGAGGAUUAUGAAGAUGAAUUAAAAAUAUAUAAAGAAGAAGAGAAUAUAAAAAAAUUAAUAAACACAAAAAAAGAAAUAAACAAUAUAGAAAGCUAUUACUCACUUAAUGUGUUUAAAAUUAAUUUGGAAAGUUUUAAAAUGUACUUGAUAAAUAUAAUUGAAAAUGAAGCCUUAGAAUGUGCAAAUAAAAUUAUUGAACCUGUUAGGAAAAAAAGUGAUAUGCUAAUAAAAAAAAUGAAUACGUACAAGACAAUGUUGAAAAAGAAAAUUAUAGAUGUAGAUUCACUGUACUAUGUGAUUAAUGUAAUAAAAAAAAUACAUGUUUUCGAGUCCACCAUAGAUAUAGUGCUUAAUCCAAUAAACGAAAUGAUAGAUAUACUGGAAUUUUACAUGAACAAUUUUUUAAAAAAACAUAUCGAAUCAAUGAGAAAUUCUAAUCAUUAUGAUGAAGAAGAAAAUUAUCAGCAAAAAUUUAUAAGCAAUCUUGAAAAGAGAAAAUCAUCUAGCGAACUAUAUGAAUUAGACGAAUCUUACAACAAGAGCCUUUUGCAAACAUUCAACAAAUUAAAUUUAAUGAAAAAAAAAUUUGUCACAUUGUACAAAUAUGAAGUGGAAAAAAAAAAUACCAUUCUGGCUAAAUUUAACGAAUUAAUAUCUUUAACAAAGAGUGUAGAAGAAGAAAUACAAGAGCAAAAAAAUAUUAUGAAAAACGAAUUAAUAAAUAAUAUAUACAACUUUAAGGAAGAUAUAAAAACAUUUCGAGAAAAUUUCCUAAAAAUGAAUUUUAAAAGUGAGCAUGUAAAUCCACUCAGUGCCUUUGAACUGUUAAAGAGAUACAAAGAAGAAAUAAUUAUGUUGAAAAAAAAAUACAAUAGUUAUUACAAGGGAGAAUCUAUAUUUGGUUUAAAGCACCAAGAGCAUGCUGAUUUAUUUUUGAGCACAACGGAAGUAAAUAAUUUUUAUUCACUCUAUGAUUUGUAUGUCCAACUGAAGGAAAAAAUGAACGAAUGGAAAAACUUAAAAUGGAACGAGGGAAUAAUAAAAAUGAAGGAGCUAAAAAAUGAAAUUUUGUCUUUCGAAAAAAAAUGUUCUCAGUUGCCUAAAAAUUUAAAAAUGAUUGUAAUUUACAAAAAUUUAAUCAAAGAGAUUUUCUACUUCAAGGAAAUUGCUCCUAUUGUCGAGGAACUGGAAAAAAAGACAAUUCUAAAGAGACACUGGAUUGAAAUAGUAAACAUUUUGAAGGAGAAGAAAAAAAAGGAAAGUACCCUUAAGGACAAGAAGGGGAAGAAGCCUUUUAAUAGCAAUGAGAAUGGAGGAGAGCGGAGUGCAAUCCAAAAUGAUAUCCAUACUGCUGACGAGACUGCUAACCAAACUGCUGACGAGACUGCUAGCCAAACUGUUGACCAGGCUGCUAGCCAAACUGCUGAUCAAACUGCUAGUCAAACUGCGGCGAAACUGAAUGAGACAGAUGUCCAAGGUACCAAAGAAGAGAAGGAGGAAACGAAUAAAAAGGAAAAAACAUUCAAUGAGGGAAUGUUAAUCGAAGGUCCUUGUAUAGACGAAGAGGAGUACAUGAAUAAUUUAAAUAAGCUUGAUUUAGACAAUAUGCAUUUCUUCAUCAAAGAUAUAAUAAAUUCCAAUUUAUUACAAAAGAAAGAUGACAUAUUGGACAUAUGUGACAGCGCAGAGAAAGAAGCAAGUAUUGAGGAAAAAAUAAACGAACAGUAUAAAAUAUGGAACGAAACAUGCUUUCAGUUUAGUAAAUGGAAGAAUAGAGAUUAUGCAUGUAUACUGGUUGGAAGUAGAGUAAUAGAAAUACAAGAAAGUUUAGAAGAAAGUCAGAUUUUAUUAAAUAACAUAAAUUCUACAAAAUAUAGUAAACCAUUUAAGAGCAAAUUAUUAUUAUUGUUAAAUAAAUUAUCUGAUUGUAGUGAUAUUGUGGAAAGAUGGAUUAAAGUACAAAUGCUAUGGUGUUCUAUGGAAAGUGUUUUUACAAGUGGAGAUAUAGCAAGACAAAUGCCAAUCGAAUCUAAGAGAUUUCAUCAAAUUGAUAAAGAUUGGAUUAAUAUAAUCAAUAUUGCUAAUGAAUCAUCAAUCGUUAUUGAAUGCUGUCAAAGUAGUAUGCUAAAGGAGUUGUUGCCAAAUAUGCAAAAGGGGUUAGAAAGUUGUCAGAAAUCAUUAGAAUCCUAUUUAGAAGGAAAGAGAAGUAAAUUUCCUCGUUUCUAUUUCGUUUCUAAUCUAGUGUUACUAAAAAUACUAUCCCAAGGAUCCGAUAUUAACAUAAUUCAGUCUGAAUUGAUAAAGUUAUUUGAUGCUAUAAACUACUUAACAAUAAAAACGACACAGAAUAAGAAAAGAAUCAUUUGUAUAAAUAAUAAAGAAAAGGAUGAUAUCGAAACAGUCCAAUUAGUUAACCAUGUAACUAUAGAUGGGAACAUAGAAAAUUGGUUAAUAUUGCUAGAAAAGGAAAUGCAAAAGGCUGUAAAAAAAGAAUGUAAAAUAGGAGUAUCUGGUUCUGCUCAAUUAUUUAAAACAGUUAAUUUAAAAGAAUUUUGUGAUAAAAAUAUUGCUCAAGUUGCUUUAAUAUGUCUACAAGUGAUGUGGACUAAUGAUAUAGAAAAAUGUAUACUUAAAUAUCAUUCUGAAAAAAAUAUAUUAAAAGUAACUAACAAGAAAAUCAAUUAUAUAAUGUCUGAAUUGGUAAAUAUAUGUCUCUCUGAUUUAGGAACCAAAUUGAAUAGAACUAAAUAUGAAACGUUAGUUACUAUACAUGUACAUCAGAGAGAUUUAUUUAACGAAAUUUCAGCAAAAAUUAAAGAAUAUAAAAUAAAAACAAGCACCGAUUUUGACUGGUUGAAACAAACAAGGAUUUAUUACAAAGUCGAAAAGAAUAUCAUUCUAAUUAGUAUUUCAGAUGUUGAUUUUACAUACUCUUAUGAAUAUUUGGGUAUUAAGGAAAGGCUUUGUAUAACUCCAUUAACUGAUAGAUGUUAUUUGACGUGUGCUCAAGCAUUAGGUUUAUGUUAUGGUGGUGCUCCAGCAGGUCCAGCAGGAACUGGAAAAACAGAAACUGUAAAAGAUUUAGGAAGAACGCUGGGGAUAUAUGUAAUUGUAACAAAUUGUUCUAAUCAACAUAAAUAUAAAGAUAUGGCGAAAAUAUUUAAAGGUUUGUGUAGGAGUGGAUUGUGGGGUUGUUUUGAUGAAUUCAACAGAAUUAAUUUAGAUGUUUUAUCUGUUGUCGCUAUGCAAAUAGAGUCCAUUGUAACUGCAAAGAAGCAGUCAUUAAAAUCAUUUCUUUUUCCAGGUGAUUCUAAAUCUAUUAAUUUGAAUCCAUCCUCGGCUUAUUUUAUUACUAUGAAUCCAGGAUAUGCUGGUAGGCAAUUAUUACCAGAGAAUUUAAAAAUAUUUUUUCGAUUUAUUUCCAUGAUGGUACCAGAUAGACAAAUUAUAAUCAAGGUUAAACUAGCAUCUGUUGGUUAUAUGGAUAUAGACAAUUUGAGUAACAAAUUUAAGUCUCUCUAUAGUUUAUGUGAAGAGCAAUUAUCAAAACAAAAGCAUUAUGAUUUUGGGUUGAGGAAUAUUUUAUCUGUUCUACGUACUGCUGGAGAUACAAAAAGGGCAGCUGGAGCUAAUGAAAAUGAUGAGGAAAUGCUUUUAAUGCGUACUUUAAGAGACAUGAAUUUAUCCAAACUAAUUCAUGAUGAUGUUCUUUUGUUUUUAUCUCUGUUGAAUGAUGUAUUUCCUAAAUAUCAUAAUAUUACAAAGAAGAGUUAUCAACUUAUAGAAGAAAAUGUAGAACAAAUAAUAAAAAAGAAAAAGCUAUGUGCAAAAAGUAAAUGGAUUUUAAAAAUAUUACAACUGUAUGAAACAUCAUUAGUUCGCCAUGGGUUUAUGUUAGUAGGUAACACUCUCACAGGAAAGACAGAAAUUUUAAACAUAUUAACAUCAGCAUUGACAAAUAUAGGAAAUGUUACAAAAAUUAUUACGUUAAAUCCGAAAGCUAUAACUUCUGAACAUAUGUAUGGUGUGAAGGACAAUUUAAGUGAAGAAUGGACUCCUGGUAUUUUUGCAAAUAUAUGGGAAAAAUAUAAUAAUAAUAAUUUGAAAUAUAAUACUUGGAUUGUGUGUGAUGGUCCUGUUGAUGCUAUAUGGAUAGAAAAUUUAAACACAGUUUUGGAUGAUAAUAAAAUAUUAACAUUAGCUAAUAAUGACAGAAUUCCUAUGACUGAUAAUACGAAAAUAGCUUUUGAAGUAGAAAAUUUAAAUAAUGCUUCUCCUGCUACUGUUAGUAGAGCUGGAAUUGUUUACAUAUCUGACAGUGAUUUGGGAUAUAAGCCAUUUAUAUACAGCUGGUUACAGAAAUUGAAGGAUGUGAAUACUUAUGGAACUACUUUGUUCCAAAUUUUUAACAAACUUUUCAUAUUUUAUUUAGAUAGAAUUCAAAUUUUAAACUUUGUGAAGGAGAAUUGUAAAUUCGUUAUGGAAGUUACUGACUCCAUUUUAAUUUCACAGACCAUCAAUUUGCUCAAUACUCACCUGAUUCAGUAUGUGAAUGCGAUAAAUAAUUUUAUAUACAAUGAGGAAGAUUUGAAUAAGAUAUUUUUUUGUAACUCUAAUGAAAAGGAGUUACUACAUAACAAUGAUAAGGUCGUGAAGAAGCACUCUGGUGACGAAUCUGAUAAUGUUACCCAUGCUGAAAAAGCUAGUAGUAAUGUCGUUUACUCCUUAUCUGUAAAGAGUAAAAAAGCGAAGGAAAUAGAAUCGAUGAAAGGGAAAGAACAAGUAGCCAUCACUAGCGAUAAUAACAAAUCUUCCACAAAAAUGAACGAAGCAAAGGGAAGAGUGCCAAAUGAAAAUUCCAAAGGACAAUUAUUAAAUGUAGUAAAUGCUAAACAGGAUUUUUCAGGAAAGGAAAAGAAAAGGAACGAAGAGUGCGGGAAAAAUGAAGAAGUGAAUGGAACCCAUGCAAAUGGAGGAUGUGAUGCAAACGAACCCAGUGAAGAAGACGACGAUGACAAAAUGGACCCCAUGAAGAACCUAAACAUAACGUCAGGAACAAGAUAUGAACAAGUAAAAGCAGAAGAAUGCGAAGAAAUAAUGUUAUAUUCCAUAUUAUGGGGAUUAUGUGGUUUGCUAGAAUAUAAAGACAGGUUGAAAGUACACAACUUUUUGGUAAAAAAUGUGCCAAUGGUGAAACACAUUUUGAAAGAUGGAGGAAAUUCGAAUCAGAAUACUAGUAUGACUACUCCUACGACUACUAGCACUAAUACAGGUGCCUCUGCUGCUUCUACUGCUUCUGCUUUUGCUUAUAAUAAUAAUCGCGUGACCGGUAAGGAAGAUGCGAACCCCAAAAUGGAAAUCUGUGAACGCACCCAAUCAGGAAAUGGUAGUGAUGAUGCAGAAGACGAAUUUGAAAAGGAAACAUGCCUAAUUUAUGAUUACUACUUCGAUAUGAAGCUGAGAAAGUUAACCAAAUGGAAUGUAUCCCCAUUUAAAAUGCCAAAAAAUAUGAAUUCCAUUUCGUCUAUAUUGAUACCAACUAUUGAAACUAAUAAAGUGGAACAUAUAAUAAAAUUAAUAUCUAAUAUACCUAUUAAGUGUUACAAUUUCCACACAUAUAAAAGUACUCUACUGUUGGGUUCCACGGGUUCAGCUAAAACAUCUAUAGCUUUGCUUUAUUCAUCUAAGCAGGACAAAAACACAAAGAGAUUUAAUUUUUCAAGUGUUACAACUCCAGAGAAGUUUCAGUUAUUUAUUGAAUCAGAACUGGAGAGAAAAACUGGAAAAACAUAUGGUCCAAUUGGCAACACUAAAUCUAUUAUCUUUAUUGAUGAUAUGUCUAUGCCUAAAAUUAAUGAAUGGGGAGAUCAAAGCACAUUAGAGCUGUUAAGACAACUUAUCGAAUUUCAGGGGUUCUACUUUUUAGAUAAAGAUAAAAGGGGAAAUUUUAAAAAAAUAAUUGAUUUGGAAUAUAUAGGAUGCAUUAAUCAUCCAGGUUGUGGUAAUAACGACAUACCAAAAAGAUUAAAAUCGAAGUGGUUUAGUGUGAAUAUUCCUCCCUAUAACUUGAACUCCAUAAAUACAAUAUACGGAACAGUUUUGAGAACAAAAUUUAAUAAAAAAAGAAAAUUUUCCGAUGAAAUUAUAGAUAACAUCGAUAAAAUAAUUUUAUGUACAAUUAAUUUGUUUGGUAGAUUGAAAAAACACCUCCUACCUGUUCCUUCUCGUUUUCAUUAUUUAUACACAACAAGAGAUCUGGCAAAAAUAUUUUAUUCCAUGCUGCUUUGUCCAUUUGAAACUAUAGAUAACAACUUACACAAUUUCUUAUGUUUAUGGAAACAUGAGUGUGAACGAGUAUUAAUCGAUAAAUUAUCUCGAAUGGAAGACAAACAAUUUUCCCUAGAUCAACUGAAGCAAAUAUUUAAUCUGUACUACCCAUGUUACAAAGGCAUAGCUGAUAAAAGCGUUUACUUUAGCUACUUUUACGUGUCUGAAAAAGAGCAAAUUGAAUAUAUGAUAGAAAAUGAUCUCAUAGAAACUGUGGAUCAGACGAAAAAGAGUAAAAUAGACAGUAUCGAUAAUGGCUGUAUUGGCAUUAAUGUCAUAGGAACUCCUACGAACAGAAGCACUGGUGAUCAAUCACUUGACAAAGAUAUAAUAGGCAGUAACCCAUCUAACAAUACAAAUUGGGAUAAGAUAAGAGACGUGAAUAACAAUAAGGAUUUCAAUCCAUUAGAAACAAAUAAGCUACAAAGAGGAAGUACCACCACUUCUGGUAAGAAUAAUCACAACGUAGAAAAAGGUACAGAAGAAAAAGAUGGAGAAAAUAUCAACCUUUUUUCCUUCUCUUGGAUGAAAAAGGAUUACAAAAUUGUUGUAGAUUUUGAAAGAUUGAGAUAUAUUGCUUAUGAAUAUAUGAAGGAAUACAAUUUAAAUAAUGUAAAAAAAUUAGAUUUAGUAUUUUUUGAUGAUUCAUUAAAACAUUUGAUUAUUAUAAAUAGAGUUAUGGAAACACCUAAAGGGUCCAGCAUGUUAGUAGGUGUUGGAGGUUCUGGAAAAAGAUCAUUAACAAAACUUAGUGUUUUCAUAAGUGAACAAGUAUUGUUUCAAUUAAAUAUAACGAAAACGUAUACGAAAAAUUUAUUUUUUGAAGAUCUAAAAAGUUUAUAUAUAUCGGCUGGUCAAAUGAAUAAGAAGACAACCUUUUUGUUAAGUGAUAGUGAUAUAGAAAAGAACGACUUUAUACUGGAACAUAUAAAUUCGAUUUUAUCUACUGGAUUGGUAUAUGGGCUUUUUAUUAAGGACGAAAAAGAAGCAAUCUGUGCUGAAAUGAAAGAGUCUUACUUGAAGGAAAUGAAUAAAUUUAAUCAAUCAUCAAAAAUGAGAGGUGGAGGAGGGAAAAAAAAAAAAAAGCGAAAAAAUGAUUGUAAUUUAGAUGAUAUGGAAAAUGAUUCCAAAGAUUCUCAAAUUAGAAGUGAUACGUCAUCAACUAGUAGUGCAAAUAAUGACAGUGAUUACAUGAGUAAUGAAAAGGAUACUAGAAAAAAAAAAGACGAAAAAGUUGUUAACGAUUUUAAUGUAUCAUCUAAUGUUAUUUUUGAUUAUUUAUUAGACAAUUUUAGAAACAAUCUUCAUAUUUUUUUGUGCUUUUCCCCUAUUCAUAAAGAAUUUGCCCUACGAUAUCAGCAAUUUCCAUGUAUAUAUAAUUGUGUGACUAUAAACUGGUUUUUAAAAUGGCCAUUAGAAGCGCUUGUGAAUGUUUCCACAGCUUACUUGAACAAUUUUAAUAUUGAUAUUGAAGAAAAAUUAAGAGACGAUUUUUUUAAUUUAUUUGCUAUUGUUCAUAAAAAGGUGUCAGAUACAUGUGAAACCUAUCGCGAAAGAAUGAGAAGAAACACUUAUGUAACACCAAAGUCAUAUUUAUCUUUUAUUGAUUUAUACAAGCAAAUGUAUGUGAAAAAGUAUGAAGAGAUUCAAUUUUUGAAAGAAAGUGUAGAUAUAGGCUUAAAAAAAUUGAACGAGGCAGCUAUGGACGUACAGAAAAUGAGAGAAAAUCUAACAACUGAGGAAGAAAAAUUAAAAGAAUCUGAUGAACAAACCAAUAUACUUCUAGAAAAGGUAAAAAAAGAAUCUCUAAAGGCAGAGAAGCAAAGCAUUGAAGUUUCCAAGUUUAGAGACAAAUGUAUAAAAGAAAAGGACAUAAUUUUAAAAGAGCAAGAAGAAGCAGAUAAAGACCUUAAAGCUGCAUUGCCAUAUUUACACGAAGCAGAAGAAGCUAUUAAAAGUAUUACUGCAAAAGAUAUAACUGAAUUAAAAAGUAUGAAAACCCCAUCUGAUAUUAUUAGAAUUGUUUUUGAUGGUGUUUUAAUACUAUUGCAAGGAAAAUUAAAGGAACCCAAAAUUAGUGUAAAAUAUGUUAAUAAACAACAUUUGGAAUUUAUCCAAGAUUCUUUUGACGAAUAUGCGAAACCAUUAAUGGCAGAUAUUCGAUUUUUAAAUCUUCUGUUUGAUUUUUCUAAAAAUGAAAAGGACAAUAUUAAUGAAGAAACUAUUGAAUUAUUAAAACCUUAUAUUGAAUCUCCUUUUUUCAAAACACAAAUUGCGAAGAAAGCGUCCGUUGCUGCAGAGGGGUUGUGUAAAUGGGUAGGUGCUAUGGCAAUGUAUAAUCAAGCUUCAAAGAUUGUUAAACCCAAAAUGAGUUACCUAAAAAUACAAACAGGAAGAUUAGAAGACGCUCUAAAACAGCUAGCAGAAGCAGAAGAUUCAUUAUUAAAAGCACAGCUCUUUGUUGACAAUCUCAAAUUAGAUAUUGAAAAUAUGUUUAAAAAAAAAAAAACAUUAGAAGAAACAGCUUUAAAAACGAAACAAAGAAUUGAACAAGCCAACAAAUUAAUUAACGGAUUAGCUAGUGAAAAAUCAAGAUGGACAGAAGAUUCUGACAACUUUUCCAAUAUAAAAAAAAAAGUCGUUGGAGAUGUUUUUAUAUGUUCUUCCUUCAUUUCGUAUUGUGGUAUGUUUAACACGGAAUUUAGAAAUUUCCUAAUGAAUGAAGUUUUUUAUCAUUAUACGAAAAAUGUAAAAAAUAUUCCAGUGUCAGAUAAUAUAGAUGUAAUAAAAUACGUGCUAUCUUCAGAUGAUACCAAAAUAUGCGAUUGGAGUGUUCAGAAAUUGCCUAAUGAUAGACUAAGUAUAGAGAAUGCCCUCAUUAGUGAAAAUAGUAACAAGUACGUUCUGCUUAUCGAUCCUCAAUGUCAAGCUAGUAAUUGGAUAAAGAACAAGGAAUUCCAGAACGAUUUGUCAAAUCAGAGAUGCGUUACUACAUUUAGUAGUAGCAAAUUUAAGGAUAGUUUGGAGUUCUGUUUAAGUGAAGGAAAAGCACUACUUAUCGAAAAUGUGGAAGAAUAUAUCGAUCCUAUAUUAGAUUCUGUUUUAGAAAAACAAAUAAUUAAAAAGGGAAGGAAAAACUACAUACUAAUAGAAAAUAAUUUAAUCAAUUUUGAUGAAAAUUUUAAUUUGUUUAUGACUACGAAUUUACCUAAUCCUAAUUACAGUCCAGAAAUAUAUGCUAAAUGUUGUGUCAUUGAUUUUACUGUUACUGUUAAGGGGUUAGAAGAUCAAUUGUUAGGUAGAGUACUAACAGAAGAACAGAAGCAUUUGGAGAUAUCAUUAAAAAAUAUUAUGAUAGAACUUAAGGAUAAUACGAAAUCGUUGCAAGAUCUUGAUAAGCAGUUACUAUACAAACUGAACACAAGUAGCUCUAAUCUGAUUGAAGAUGAAGAAUUAAUAGAAGUUUUGAACAAUACCAAAUUGUUAUCAAAAGAGUUAGAAACGAAAUUAAAGGAUAGCAAUGAAAAGAAAAAAGAAAUUAAUGAGAAGAGAGAACAAUAUAGGAGUGUAGCAUUGAGAGGAAGUAUACUAUAUUUUUGUAUUGUAGAUAUUACAAAUGUUAACUAUAUAUAUAACACAUCAUUACAUCAAUUUCUUGAACAAUUUGAUUUAUCUAUAAAGAGAGCAGAAAAAGGGCAACACAUUAAGAAGAGAGUUGAAUCUAUCUUGUCUACAUUAACAAACUUGAUUAUUAGCUAUAUGGAAAGAUGCCUCUUUGAUCAGCACAAAAUUAUCUUCAAAUUGUUAAUAUCUUUAAAAAUACUUCUAUACGAUAACAUAAUAAGUAAUAAAGACAUCAGCUUUUUCUUGAACCCACUUUCACAUUACAACCCUUCGAAUGAUAUAAGCAGUGAAUUACUUAGCAACAAUUUGCUAAAUGAAAACGCAGGCGGAGGAAAAGGAAAAAAGAUAGAAAAUGCUACUAAUGCUGUGAUGAAUAACACUAUUAAUAAUACUAUGGGUUCUUAUUUAAACAAAAAUGAUAAUAGUAAAGGGAACGAAAAAGAUAGCAAUGAUAAAAAUACAAAUGAAAAUAGUGGUGUAGGAGCUAGCAGUAGUGUAGCCACUACUAACAGUAGUAAUGACAAUAACGUAAGUAAUCUAAACACAGACAAUUGUGCGAAUAAGAACAAAAUAGAUAUACAUAGGAAAGGAGGAAAAAACAAAAUAAGCUCAACUAAAUGGCUAUUUAAGAAUGAAAAGUUAUAUAAAAAUAUUAUUUCUUUAUCAAAUCAUUCAUUUGGAAAUGAUAAAAAUAAUCGCUUCUUUUAUGAUAUCUUAAAUGUUGUACAGUUAAAUGAUACUGUAUGGAAGAAUUAUUAUGAUGUGUUAGAUAUAGAAAAUAAAAAUAUUCCUUACUAUAACGAAAGGCUAGACGCAAAUAGCAAAAUAAGUUCAUUUAUUAAAUUAUGUCUUAUUCGAUGCUUAAGAGAAGACAGGACCAUAUUAUGUGCAAAUAAAUUUGUAGACGAAGUAUUAAAUAGAAAUAGUGACACAAUAAAACAUGAAACGUUAGAAAAUAUAUUUGCCGAAUCUAGUAAUAGGAAGCCAUUUUUAUUUUUGUUAUCCUUGGCUAGUGAUCCAACAAACAUGAUUGAUGAUUUUGCGAAAAAGUAUAAGAAAUAUCCUACUGAUAAAAUUUCUAUGGGAGAAGGACAAGAAAUUAUAGCAAAAGAGAAGUUAAAAAAUGCCCUGAUAAGUGGAAGUUGGUUAAUAUUACAGAACUGCCAUUUGAACAAAACUUUCAUAAUUGAAGUUUACAACAUGUUAAAAAAAUUAAAUGAAAUUGAAGAAGAUUUCCGAUUAUUUUUAACGUUAGAGCCAGAUGGUGAAUUUCCUAUAUGUAUCCUUCAUGGAAGUAUUAAAAUAUCUACAUCAUUAAGUAGAGGUAUAAAAAACAACAUGAGGAAAAUAUAUAAAGAUAUAGUAAAGGAAGAUAUAUUAGAAAAAAUAGAUGACGAAAAGUAUAGAAAAAUUAUAUAUUCCUUAUCCUAUCUUCAUUGUGUUUUAUGCGAAAGAAAGAAGUUUGGCCCCCUAGGUUGGUGUGUUCCUUACGAAUUUAGUAUAACAGACUUAUUUGCCUCCUUCCUCUUUAUUGAAAAACAUCUGUACUCUACCUUGUUAGUUAAUAGACCAAUCGAUUGGGAAUCUAUUCAUUAUAUGCUAGCAGAAGUGCAGUAUGGAGGGAAAGUAACAGAUGACUUGGAUAGGGAAUUAUUAUUAACCUAUGUGCAACAUUACUUUAAUGAAGAUUUAUUCAAAAUGAAAGCUGAAACGGGCUCAGAAAAUUUUCAUAAUAUGCCAAAAUUUUACGAAAUUACAAACCUUCAAAGUUUUAUCGAAAAGCUACCAAAUAUUGAUACCCCUUCUGUGUUAGACCUACACAAUAAUGCAGAAAUAACUUAUCGUGUUAAUGAAUCAAGACAAGUUUUAAAUUCUAUAUUAGAAAUACAGCCAAGGGACGUGGAUCAAGGAGAGGAAAAGAGUAUGGAAACGGUUGUGAAGGAAAUUGCUGCAGGAAUACUACUAACGUUACCUGCCGAAAUAAAUUUAGAAGAAAUAAAAAAAAUUAUAUAUAGAAAAAACAAAAAUCAGCAGCUAACCAUUCAGACGAAUCAACCAUUAAAUGUAACAAUAAAUUUGAAUGCAACUACUAAAAAUUUUGCAAAUUUAGAAAGUAGUUCUCAUAAAAGUAAAAAUAAAGAAAAUUCAGAUAUGAAUGAAAAUAUGCUACAAAGAAGUGCAAUGUUAAACAAUCCACUUAGUCAUACAGUUAAUGUAGGUAAAUACUUGAGUCCAUCUGAUUGCAAAAAUAAGAAUGCUCUUUUGGUGACAAAAGAGAAUGACGUUUUUGAUAGUUUGGGAGUAACGUAUUGGGAUAAUAACAAUGAAGGUGAAAAAAACGUGCAAUAUAAUUUUUCUCCAUUACAAGUUUUUUUCUUACAAGAAAUAGAAAGAAUUAAAAAUGUAAUCGAUUUGGUUAAAACUAAUUUAAAUGAUAUUAUUAGUGCAAUAGAUGGUUCUAAAAUAAUGACUGCAGAUUUGCAAAAUGAUACAAAAUAUAUUUAUUCUCAAUCGGUACCCAAAAAAUGGAUUUAUGAUGCUAGUGAGACAGAAAUAUCAUGGGUAUGUCACAACUUAAAUCAAUGGCUAAAUAUUCUUAAUUUAAGAUAUGAACAAAUUAUGAAUUAUAUUCAAAAUGGAAAAUUGAAAUCUUAUUGGCUACCUGGAUUUUUUAAUCCUCAAGGAUUCUUAACUAGUAUGAAACAAGAAAUUACACGUUUAAAUAAAAAGGAUCAAAUUUCCCUUGAUGAAGUAGUAUUAUAUGCUGAUAUCAAAAACCAUGAUAUUGAGAAAAUUAAGGAAGUACCAGAGCAUGGGUUUCACAUUCAUGGCUUAUUUAUUGAAGGGUCCAAAUGGAACUGGCAAGAAGGAAAAUUGGAAGAAAGUUCUCCAAAAAUACUGUGCGAAAAUAUGCCCGUUAUCCACAUUACUGUUGUGUCCAACAAAGACAAAAAGGUAAAAUUUAUUGAAAAUAACAAGCACAUGUUUUACAAUUGCCCCGUAUAUAAAUAUAAUGUGAGGACAGACAAAUAUUUCGUUUUCCGCAUUCACCUGAAAACGGACAUUGACCCAUCUAUAUGGAAAUUGCGUGGCACGUCUUUGCUCUGUUCGAAGGACUAG